AUGGACCUUCCUGCCCCGACAUUCUCUUUUCACCUUCCCUCGGUCCAUGAUGAUUGCCAGCUGGAAUGUCGACUGUAUCUCCCGCGCCAGCACCAAAAUAUAGAAUCGGCAUCAAACUCUUCCAUUCGAGGUGCCAUUGUCGCCCAUCCUUACGCGCCGCUCGGUGGGUGCUAUGAUGAUCCCAUUGUAGCGUUUGUCGGUGGGGAGCUUUUACAAGCAGGGUAUAUCGUGGUGACAUUCAACUUCCGAGGAGCUGGAAGUUCUGAAGGGCGGACCAGCUGGACUGGGAAGCCCGAACUGGGAGACUAUGUAUCCGUGUAUGGGUUCAUGCUGAAUUAUCUACAAGAGUUGCAUUCAACACUCGCAUCCAGUCAGAAUAUCGCCCCCAGCGAGGCCAUCCACCUCGUAAUCGGUGGAUAUUCAUUCGGGUCCCUAAUCGCCUCGCAUGUCCCAACCCUCGAUGUCAUGCUCGACCUAUUCUGCAACGGCCCAACAACCCCGACAACACCGAUCUACACGAUUAUCCAAGCAGCCCGAAAGAUCGCUACGCAGUCCACACAGCAUCUACCCCCAGCCAAGCAGAAUCCGGAAACCAACCAGGCUGACCAACCCGCGCCCCGCGCGGCGACUACGAUCUCCUACCUCCUCGUGUCACCGUUGCUGCCACCCGUGAGCCAGCUUCUGACUGCUUUCUCCGCCCUAUCAGUAAACGUGGGGGGCAAAGCGUCAGCUCAGGCCCGACCCGCCGGUCGACCAACCGACCAGCUGAGUGCGCACCGGACGCUGGCGCUAUUUGGGGAUCAGGAUACUUUUACGUCUGCCCGGAAAUUGCAGCGGUGGUCAGCCGAGAUAGGCCGCAUGCCGCAGACCGGAUUCCGGGGAUGCGAGAUUGAGGGCGCGGGGCAUUUUUGGCGGGAGAAUGGGGUGGAGACUCGGGCGAGACGGACUUUACAAGAAUGGCUUCGAUCUUGA